ACCAAGUGCAACCGCUGAUAAAUUCACUGCUGUGAAAUCUUCCUCAACAGAGAGUGUGAACACCUCUAGUGAUGGACAGCGUAACCAUUGGACCAAUGGCUGCCAGCACACAGGUGCCCAAGAGCAUUGUGGGUAAUCUGCCUGUGUUCCGAAUGCCCCCACCUCCUCUGCCCAUGCUUAUUCCCCCUCCUGGCUUUACCUCUUUGCCCCCUCCUCCUCUUCCACCCUACACUCUAUUACCACCAAACAUGCCUCCCCACGCAGGUCCCCCUCCCCUCUUGCCUCCUGGGAUGUCUGCUGUGCCAUGCCCCCUCCCGCCACCCAUUCCCGUACCCGCGUGCCCACGGGCAGAGGUGCCAAAGGGAAAGACAGAACCAUGCAGGAGGCAGUCCAGGUGGCACGGCAACCCCAUACCAACUCGUAUCACCAGCGGCCCAAUCCAGGGACAGAACUCAUGCUCUGCUCUGCCGCGCCCCUCUCUUCAUCCUCCCUCUCUUCAUCCUCCCUCUCUUCAUCUUCCCCCUCUUGGUCCUCCUCCUCUCCUUCCUCCCCCAUUUCCUCUUCUCCCUCCUCCUCCCCCUCCAUUCACGGUCGUCGCUCCACCUCCUCAAGGUGCCACACCCCCUCCCCCCCCAACCCAGCGGCCCCCAUCCGCUGCUCUCCGGCCCCCCUGGCCCCCACCCAUCUUCAUGCCUCGCUACGACCCGUCUGUGCCCCCCCCAGGCUAUGUGCCCCCUGUGCAGCCCCUUCACAAGGCCACGUUGGAGGGGGUUCUGGCAUUAGUGGCGGCCGAGCUGAAGGCCAUCGUGAGGAGGGACAUUCAUCGCAGGAUGGUGGAGGGAGUGGCCUUCCAGGCGUUUGAUCUGUGGUGGGAGGAGAAGGACAAGCAGACAAAGGCAUCUGCUCCAGUGUCCAAACCUCCUGUUGCCAAAGAAGCCAUUAAACCAGUUCCUGCCAACCCGCCGGUGAACGCAGUUAGGCAGGAGGGCUUGGCUCUGGGCGUGGUGCUGGGAUUGGGUGCCUUACAACUGCCCUCCUUUAAGGUGAAGAGGAAGGAGCACCCAGCAGAGAUCUCAGAGCCUCUGGCCAAACGGACGUGUCCCUCCCAGCCUGAGGAAGAGGAGAUAGAAACACAGAGUGCAGAGAGAGCAGAGACUGACAUGGGGGAGGACUCAGCAAAGAUGUCCAAAAAAGACGUACCAGUCACUGCUGCCAGACGCAGACAUGCCAGGCCUCUGGAACUGGACAGUGAAGGGGAGGAAGAUGGGAGAGAAGAGGAUUCUGGGAAGGUGGAGGACUCCCCUGCGUUGUCUGAUAGAGAAGAAGAAACUGAGAAGUAUGGGGAUGAUGAUGAUGAUGAUGACGAUGAAGAUUAUGAAGAUGACACAGAAGUCGGGAUGUCACCUCCAGUCAGAGAAAAGGAGAAACACAUAGAUUAUGAAGUCAUCAGCAUCUCCUCCUCCACCAGUUACUAUGACAACACUUCAACAUCUUCCAGUUCUGAGUCUUCCCUGUCUGAAUCUGAUUAUGAUGACGAUGAUGACGACAAUGAUGAUGGUAGUUACCUCACAGACAAUCAUGAAUGCAUGAGGUGGUCAAGAGAUACUGUGCAAGAGCCAGAAGAAUUGGAGGUGGAGGAUGAGCAGGAGGAAGAUGAGGAGAGGGAACCGUGGUUGUUGUCAUCUAAUGAGGAGGAGACAGGCUUGGUUGGCGACCAUGCUGUGCCGUCCCCCUGGUCCCUGUACGAGGGGGAGAUGGAGCGACCGCCCCCCACUCCCUGCGCCCCUAUCCCCACAGACGAGCAUUUGGAGCAGGCUUUACUGGGCGAUGAGGACAUCAGACUGGAUGGGGAGGAGUUUCAGCUGAGGGUGUGUCUACAGGGAGAUGCCCUGUGUCUCUCACCUGGGGAGUUCCCCUACCCACCCUCCCCGUCUUAUGGAGAGAUGUCAGAGGAUCUGGACUCAGAGCUGGAUGUAGAGGUGGACAAAGUCACUAUGGAGACGCUGGAGGAUUGUGGGACCUUAAGGCCUCCGACACCCACAGGCUCAGUGAGCGACAGUGACGCCUCAGACCUGCAGCUGCGAGGCGGGGUGCUGUCGCCCCCUGCUGCUCCGGAGGAGGUAGAGCGCCCCCACACCCCCGGACGAGGGCUGGAUGUGGUGGAGGCUGCUGGAGAGCUCCUCUUCCCCCCUCCGGCCACGCCUCUACCCCUUCCCCCUCCCCCCUCCCCCACAGGGCUAGGGGGGUCCCCUUCUUACCCCAUGCCCACCCCUCUGCCCUCCUCUUACCCCCCGUACGAGGACAUUCCCAGAACUCCAGGACACUACACAACUUCAGUGCAGAGGUCCAGGAGGACACCCAGGGCAACCCUGGCCCCAGACCCAGAACUCUGCCCUCUGUUUCCCCUCUCCCCCCCUUUCCAGUCACCCUAUCCCACAGAGGCAUCCCCCGCACCCCGGGACGAGAGAGCCCGCCUGUCUCGUUUCCCCUAG